AUGUCGUCCGUUCCCUCCGGCCCCUCCAAACCGUCCCGCCCCCUCGGUGCACCCAAAUCAAGUGCCAAAUCCACCUCCUCCGCCCAACCAGGCGGCACCACCCCUGCACAAAUACCACGCAGACACGCCGGUGCCGUCCCCGGUAUCGCGCGCGCCGCGUCCAAUCUCCGCCAAGCCGCUCCGAGCGCAAAUUCCUCCUCCGGGUCAAGCGCCAGUACAGGCGCCAAUGCCCUCGCCUCGCUUCCCGCUCAUCUUCGGCACCUAUCCACCCCUCGCAUCCCCUCUCCUCUGGGCAAGGGGACGCCUGCGCGGAAUCUCAAACAGUCGUUCCCGGUCCGAACGUCCAAAACGACCGAGCGGCAUGUGUUCUUACCCGAAGACCCGCAGUUGGCGCCCUUGCCGGCGUCGCCCAUGGGCAGUCAGGUGAAUCUGCUACCACCUCCGAGGGCGGCGCAUAGUCACCGGGAAAGAGAAAGGGAGAGUGGGCGGAAAGAGCAGGCCAUCCCGACUCAGAGCGAUGAGCGGAGUGAGGCGGAGAAGAUGACCAAGAGGGAGAGGGAGGAGGCGAGGUUGCCUCGGUUGACGGCGUACACCACGGCAGAGGGGUACCGGUUGAAGCUGCUCCAGGCAUUCUUGAAGCGAGAACAUGGAGUUGGGGUGGUCAGGGUAUUUGAUGAUUGUCUUUACGCUGUGUACAAUCUCCCCCUCUUACCCGGAUACGGUGCAUCCACCAAGAUUCGUUCCUCCCCUGCGGUCAAAUCUCCCGGCGGUGUAUCCCUGCUUGAACGGAUGACCCAAGCCGAGGAUCUGGGAUACGACGACUCGUAUUUUCCCCAGACGGACGAUAUCGAGCGGGACCCCCAUAUCUCCAUGGAUGAUCCAUCCGAGUACAUACUCUCCCACUCCCCACCUACGGACGUCGGCCGGAUGUCUUCGCUGGACGAGGAGAUUUCUGACGGACAAGGAGGGGACAUCGACCGCUCGGACCGGCUGGAUCGGCUCGAAGAUAUCCAGGAUGGCCUGGACAGCGGGUCACUCCCUGCGGAGCCUACAAGUCCUGAGCGCCGACGCGUGAGGAUCGCAGAGGAAGCCACCCAGAUCCAGCUGGGCACGCACCUCUCUCCUGACCGGGCCGGGUUCGAGCAUAUCCCCUCGACCGCGCUAUCGCCGGAUGACCUACCCUCCCACCCCCCUCAUCACACGGCAGACCAACUCGAGGCGGAGCUAGAGAAUCUGCUCGAGUCGCCUCACCAGCCGACGCUUAGAAAUCGGAGGAGGAAAUCGCAUUCCACGACGAACCAGAUCGCAGAGGCGGUGUUCUUCUCGUAUGGUGUUUCCAUCUUUUUUGGGUUCCAGGAGGACGAGGAGCGCGCGGUCAUGGAGGAUAUCGAUGCGGCGGGGGGCUGGAUAAGGGGGCUGGGUGAGGAUGAUUGGGAGGUCGAGGAGUUCCACUAUGCGUAUGACUCGGAAGCCGAGUAUCCCAGAAUUUACAACGACAUGUUUACGUUCAAAUCACACUCGCAUCUGUUCAAACUGUCCCUCUCGCACGCUAUCGCCCAAUCAACAAAACUCAGCAUCUACGAAUCAACAAUGCAGGAAUCGCUCGCGCUCACUUCGUCUUUCCCCAAAGAACUCAGUAUCACCGGACAUCUCCAGUUGAAGCGGAGGGAAGCGUUGAAGAUGACGGGUCGAUUGUUCAAGUUGAGGAUGGAUGUCAAUCUCAUUGGGGGUAUCUUGGAUACACCAGAGUUGUUCUGGUCGGAAGCAUCCUUGUUCCCGCUGUAUGAAGCCAUCCGGGAGUAUCUUGAGAUCGGACCCCGUGUACAGGUGCUGAAUGACCGGCUGGCUGUAGCUGGCGAUCUGCUUGAGAUCAUACACGAGUAUAUCGAAGAACGAGCGACAAAUCGGAUCAACUGGAUCAUUAUUUGGCUUAUUAUUGUCGCGUGCAUGGUCGAAGCUGGAGAAGUGCUUGCGCGAGUGGCAUUCCACAGUCUGCCUCGGCAAGAAGGGGAGUUCCUCAUUGUCAAAGGCACGAGGGCAUUGUGGGGUGCGGCAAUGGGCAGCGUGUAG